UUAUUUUGACGUUUUCACGUGCCUCGCGCAGAACUGGCGCUCUCAGGCAAUGCGUUUUUUACUGUUUGGCGGCAUUUAAAUUUGUCACCGUAUGCGUAGUGAGCUCCAGUUUGAAGCCUGACCCAGAAGCGGUUAAACAUGGACUUCAACGACAUGGAGAUGACCCAGGUCAUCAGCGUACCCGAAGAUUCCGAUGACGACAUGGACCGAGAGAUACGGGCCGUGCUGAAGCUACACGAUCAAGACGCACCUGCUGCAUUUCAGACUUUCAACCUGAAGCCAGGGCCCAAUAUGGUCGGCCGUUCCCGAACCUGUGAUGUCAUCAUUGAGAACUAUGCUGUGUCAAAGCAGCACGCUGUCAUCAAUGUCGGGGGCCGCAGCUGCACAAUCAUGGACCUCGGCAGUCAGAAUAAAGUCAAGAUUGGCAAACGAACCCUAAAGCCAAACUGUCAGUACAACCUCGACUACGGCGAGGAAUUUACCAUAGCCGGUCUCAGGGCCCGCGUCCUGUGCGACCAAAACAAUGGUACCAACAACGACACUGGUUCCGACACAUGCUCUGAGUCCUUGCUAACAGCAAUUGAAGUCGCCCUGGACCAGGAGGGCGUUGACAUCAAAACACUGGCGGGCUCCGACACCAAUGAAAAGUUGUAUCUUCCUUCUGCGGCGUCGGAGCAUGACGUAGGGGCAGCAGAUGCAGUGGCAACCAGUGUGGAUGUUUCGGACCAACAGGCUGCAGAGAAAUCGCAAGACUCAAAGACCUACCGCAACGAGCAUCAGUCAAGCGGCAGCUUCAACCUGCCAGAGAUGCCCAACUUGGACUACACCCAGACCGACAGCGAGCAAGGGACUGAGCCUUACAUGGGAGCAGGCCACGAAACUGAGAGGAGCCAGGAAGGCGCUGGAAUGGUUGUUCAAGCAGCCAAAGUACCUGCAAGUGAUGACACACCCUCGGCAAAAGAUUCACGUACCUGUACCUCGAUGCAGCUGUACUCCGACGACGCCGGUGAGCAGAAUUCCAGAGACACUCGCAAGUUCGCAGCAGCGGAUGAAGAAAGUCGGUUGAAUGCAGAAACUCAACCUUAUGCUGAAUGUCCAGAAGUGUCUUUACUUUCAAGUGUUGGUGAAGGUGUCGAUGCGGCGGCGGACGAAAUGGAGCGGCUCAACGCUCCAACGCAAGCGUAUGGAGACCACGAAUCCGCAGAGGCCGAGCGUCUCAACGCGCCGACACAGGCAUACACGGACCAGGAUGAUGUUGAGAGGCUUAAUGCGGCAACACAGCCUUACACGGCAAAUGACAGCAUGGAUGAUGAAGAAAGACUGAACGCCGUGACACAACCAUAUGCAACGGACAAGUGCGACGAAGAAGACAAGUUGAAUGCGGUGACGCAGCCAUAUACACGAAGUGUCAACGAUGAUGAAGGAAGGUUGAAUGCAGUGACGCAGCCAUACACAACAGCGGACGUUAGCCAGAAUGAACACGAGCGACUGAAUGACAUUACCCAUUCAUUCAACGAGGAGGAGGAUGACAUGGGGAAAGACUCUGUAUGCCCUCCCUCGCAAGGGGUGGAAAGACAUCGCCGCCUUCUGACAGGCCCAUCCGAGCUCAGUUUUGUUCUGUGCGAAGCAUCCCAGCCGUGCCAGGAGGAGAAGGAGGAGGAGGAGGACGACGACGAAUUCUGCGCGCCAACGCAGAAGGAGGAAUCCCCGCCCCUGAAAGUCCAUGCCCUGCUGAAGCACAGGCGAGAGAGGGGACCAGCAGUGGAAGAUGACAAGACCCCUCCGCUGUCUCCAAAAACUACUGUAGAUGAGACGCCACCAGCUUCCCCUGGUGUUGUGCCAGAGAGCGAUCCUGAAGACGAUGGCGACACGAGCAUGGUCACAGCUCGGCAUUCGCUGCCCCUCCUUGACGCGACGAGUGCGACAGUCUAUGAGGACUGCGUGACACCUGGCAACGGUGUCUCUUCGCCAGUCAUCGGAAUAGUGUCAAAUAGACGGCAGAGGAGGGGGUUGAGUCUCAAGAAACCCACUUGCGACACUGUUCCAGAGCUUCCCAGUCAAGAUAGCCCCGCAGGUGAGGAUUGGAUGCAGCAGGAGCAAGGCUCCUCACAAUCAAAGGCAUCCAGGAAGCUUGCUUAUGUCACAGAAGAGGGAAAAGACAACGAUCUCGACUCGGGGGCUGCAGACGCACCACUAGCAGAGCCCCUGGUGAGCGGUGUUGAACGUACAGACGGGCACUUUGCAGCCUCUGGUAGUUCCCCUAACAUACCUGUGAAGCCACAAGAGAGCAUAGAUGCUAACAAGAGCACAAGUGCUGAAUACAGCGAGAUGCCCUUAUUAUUGCACAUGAGCGAAGACAUGGACCUUGAUAUAAAUGCUACUGAAAAGGAAGAUAGUACUGCUUGUGAUACUUCCGUGGAAGAAAAAGAGCCUACCAAAGCUUGUGAAAGCAGUGAAAUAACAGCAACUACUGGUAGGCCAUCUGAUGGCAGGACAGUGUCUAAAGAUGGUUCUAAGAAUGAACAAGAAGAGACAUUCGAAAAACAUGACUCUGCAAAUCCUUCUUUUGAAAACAAGAAAACUAGCAAAGCUUCUCCAAGGGAGGAAGGGUUGGCUGACAUUCAGACAGUUCCUGAACAAGCCUGCGAGGAAGAAGAGCAGGCUAUUGAAAACGAUGAGUCUGCAAACGACUCUUCCAAAAGUGAAGUGGAAAGUGGCAGAGCUACCCGAAAAGGGGGAAAGAAAAAGCCACCGGCAAGAGCAAAACGGUGCACAAGGAAAGCGGCAUUCGCAAAUGAUGCAAAAAAGCCCCUGUGGAGAACAAUACUGUGCCGGCACGAAGGAGCAGCGGGCGUCAGAAUGGGCUUGAGAAUGAAGUCCCUCUUGUCCUUGGAGAAAAGAACUUCCGCAUCAGGUGCUUUCAAGGAGGGUGAACUUUCACAGGAGAUCAACGACAAACAAAGCUUUUGUGAAAAUGAAUCUGCGAAAGAGCCACACGAGAAAGCAGGCAGGCCCAAAACAAGAAGAGGGGCAAGGGGCAAAGCUGCUGCAAAGGAGGACGAACUGGAAGUUGCUCCCCAUCAUCCCAGUGAAUCUCUGCCCAGUGCAAAAGAACCAGAAGUUGCCUCCAGCUCUGACGGAGGCAACAAUAACAAUCCUUCGGUGAAGCCUGGUGAGGAUAAUACUGAGGGCAAGGCAGAGGCCGGUGACAGCACUCAAGUUGACAGUAACAAAGAGUGCCAGCCGAAGGCAGGACCAUCAGGUCACCAGGAAGAUGUGGAUCCGACGAUCACUGCCUCGCUUACACCCUCUUUAGGAGACUGUGACGUGAACUGCACAAAUGCAACUAUUGACACCUGCUUCUCCGAACCGUUCCCAAGCUUUUCGGAAGUGAUGGCAGAAUGUCAGCCGUACAUUAGAGAUACUGAAGCCCAAGACGAAAAAAACGAGCCCGCUGAAGAGGUGGAAAACACUGCAGCCGAGCCAGCCUCCGAAAGCAAAGCUACAGUUCCUUCAGUGUUGGAACCAGAACCUGAAGUCAAAGAGCCCCCUCGAGCUUUGCGAUCUAAACAACCAAAGGAAGGAGUUGCCACAAGAAAUCGUAAAGCACCAGAAGUAGACGAGGAAUUGCCUACAACGCGUCGCAAGGCCACUCGAGGUGCACGAAAAGAACUGCUCGCAGAAGCUGAGCCAGUUGCGAAAGACCCUGCAAGCAGUGUCGAGCAACCAAAGGCGCCACAGCCAGCUUUGCCACAGCCCUCAAAUAGAGCCAAGCGCGGACAUCCGUACCGCACUGCUGCUGGCAGGAAGGCAGUACCCAGUGUUGCGGAUAUGGUCCCAAAAAUCACUGAAGACGUAGGGGAAUCUGAAGGCAAGACCGAGCAAGACACUGCAGAAGACUGUAUAAGCAGCAUUCAGCAAUCGGAGGCAGAACAAUCGGCUACACCACAAGUGUCUGACAUAGCUAGGCGUGGACGUCCAUUUCGCCAUGAGGUUGGUAGGAAAGCAGGACCCAGCGUUAGCGACAAGACUGUUGAAUAUGUGAAGCAAUCUGAAGGUGAGACUGACCCAACCUUUGCAGAAGACCGUCUGAGCGGCACUGAACAACUAGGAGCUGCACACUCAGCUGCAUCGCAGCAGUCGAGCAGGACCAUGUGUGGACGUUCAUUUCGUAGUGCAGUUAACGUAAAAGCAAUGCCCAGCAUCACUGCCCCCUUUAAAGUCACUGAAGACAUAGAGCUAUCCGAAGGGGAGCGCAACACAAACGACCUUUCGGAACAGGAGACAGAAUGCAUUGAAGGAACGCUGUCAGAAGCUUCAGAGUGUUCACCAUCAUUGCGAAGAAAAGCUAUCCCGAGUACCGAGGUGUCCAGAGCUACCCGGCGAGGCACAAAACGGUCGCUGCAGCUGAAUGCUAAACGGUGCGGUGAGGAGGCUAAUUCAGAAUCUGACACAGAGCACCUUUCAGCACAGGACACAGAAAGCAUUCACGAAACACCGUUGAAUUCCAGUGAAACCUUGCUUUCUGAAUCGGAAGCUCUGCCAAGGGCUUCUGCCCCACGCAACGCAAGAAAUGCAAGGUUGUCAUUACAGCAAGAAAAGGUACAGGCAGACCAGGCUGUUUCAGAAGGCCCAACAGCCGAAAGCACUCAAGAGCCAUCCCAAUAUGCAAGACCUCAACGUGUAAAAAGUAGCGCAAAAACACGUUCAGAACGAGAGGAGGUGGCUAGCGAUGUGGCAGCAAUGGAUGACUCUUCGGAAUGCGUUGAAUUGUCCCAGAGCCCACGGACAUCUAAACCUAAAAGAGGAGCAAAACAUUUGCAAAAGAAAGACGAACCAUUUGUUCACAGCGUGCUGGAUGACUCUACAAAUCCGCCUCAAACGGAGGCUCAUUCGCUCACCUCUCGGAGUUCUCAGCGGGGAAGGCGAAACGCGAAGAAACCAGAGACCCAAGAGAGCUUUGCUACUGAGGAGACUCAAGAUGAGCCACCUUUUCUGAGCACAUUGGAUGAUUCCACGCAGUCUCUUCCCACAGUCUCUCUUUCGCAGUUCUACCGUGGCUCCCAGCGGGGAAGGCUAGACAUAAAGCAACUCGAGAUGCAAGACUUGAGCUUGAAAGAGACUGAAGGUGCACAUGUCAAAAAUGCGUUGGACGACUCGACGCAGUCCCUAUCAUCUGUGGAGUCUCAUUCGAAGACUUCUCAAAGUGCCAAACAGGGUAAGCAAAAUACAAAGAAACCCAAGACGCGAAACUUGACUCCUGAGGGGACUGAUGAUGUGCCACCUGUUGAAAGCGCGUUGGGCGACUCCAUGCAGUCAUUUUCCACGGAGUGUCAAUCGCAGAACUCUCGGAGUUCCCGGCAGGGAAGGCGAAACGCUAAGCAACCGGAGACCCUGAACAAUGCCACACCUGAAGAGACUGAGGUUCAAAACGAGGAGGAAACGCACAAUGCCAAACCAUUGAGGCGCGGCCGGAAGGCCCCCAAGUUGUCUUCAGAAGCUGGGAGCCAAGCUUCUGCCAGCGUAGGAGGAAACAAUAUCACUUCUGCAGACUAUGAACCCGAAAUCCGAAGAACUCGGCGAGGAGGGGACACUGUCGAACCGUCCUCCCGAAAUGAGCAAGUCCGCCUCACCCUCGAAACUGCAGAAGGAGUAGAACCCUCGGAGAAAACCAACGCGGAAGUAGAGCCUCAUAGUGCACCGCCACGGCGUGGAAAAAGAACAGCAAAGAAGACUCUGAAUCAUGGUGGCAGUAAGAAUGUUCCCGAAGACGACGUUGUAACAAAGACUUUUGAGGCACCGGAACCUGCAAACCUGAAAAGUUCAAAGGCACCAAGGACAACAAAUCUUUCGCUGCACAAACCCACUACGGAUACGAAAGUUCUCAUCAAGGUGGAGUCCCCAAGUCCAAAAACAUCUAAACGCAGCAGUGUAAAUACUGCGCAAACCCCGUCCGAGGACACCGAACAAUGGAACAAUGGUGACCCUUCAAAAGUCUCUGCAAGGUCCAAGCGCAAGGUCACAAAUUUAGAAACCAUGGAAGAUGUCACUGUGGAGACAGAGGCCGAUGCUCAGAGCUCAGAGUCAACAUCGCGAAGCCCAACGUCCAGAAUGCCAGCUCUCCCCAUGACAGUGACGAGAAAAAGGGAUGCCUGGCGAGCAGGCAAAAAGAACAACCCUUUGCAAACCACCUCGGCGUCUGUGCUCGAAACUUUGGCAGAGACCUCACCACAGUGUCCUAUGCAAAGGGUCAGCAGGAAGAGGCCGGUCGCCUCAAUGAGCUUCGGCGAGGCAAGGCACGAGUCUGACGACGAAGCUGCCGACAAUGAGCAAGAGACGUUGGACGAGAUUGUGGUGAAGCCUGGGCUUAAGUUUCGACGAAAGGAGCUAGUUAAAGAAGCAGCUGUCAAGCAGGAAGUGGUAGAGAAAGCGCCAGCAAAGCGAGGUAAGAGAAAAGCGGACGUGCCUGAAGCCAAGACCGAGGUACCACAGCAAGCCAAGUCUCGGCGGGACGAACAGGCGCACUCUUCUCCGGCACCCAAGAAAACUGCAAAAGUGAAACCAAAGGUCCUGUUCACCGGAAUCGAUGACACAAAAGCUGAAGAGCAGGUGGUGCGGGACCUCGGUGGGAUCAUCGCCACAAAUCCUUCCGUGUGCACGCAUUUGGUCACCGAUAAGUUUCGAAGAACAGUCAAGGCACUUUGCUGCAUCGGCAAGGGCACUCCGAUCGUCGAUGUUUCGUGGAUCAAGAAGUGCCGGGAGGCUGGUGCCUUUGUCGACCACGUACCUCACAUGCUCCUUGACAAGAAGGCAGAGAAAGCCCUGAACUUCAACCUGAGGGAUACGUUGACAAAGGCGUCGACGGGCGGUGUACUGCGAGGUUGGACCGUCCAUGCCACUGCACAUGUCUUGCCGUCCCCUAAUGACAUGAAGGAAAUUGUGGCUUGUGCUGGUGGCAAGUACUUGGACAACUUCCCGGCCCGCACAUCAGCCGGCACUACUGUAGUGAUUUCGUGCCAACAAGACCUCAAAGCCUGCGCACGAGCAAGAAACAACGGCGUUCCAGUGGUUGCCGCGGAAUUCAUCCUUUCUGGACUGCUUCGGCACAGUCUGGACGUGGAUGCCCAUCGUCUCGAGUGAGAACUGGAAGCUUCCGGAGAAGCGAGUUCAACCAGGCAGCAUUGUCUCUAUUCACCGGCCUUUUUUUUUUUCUUUCUUUUUUAUGUUAAUCGACAGCCAGAAUUGCUGUACAGUCAUAAGCAUUUAUUGUAUAUAUUGUAAAAGAAAAAAAAUUAACCUCUACUGUAAUAUAUGCCUUUUUUUUUAAUUGAGACGAGUCUCUCCUACAUUAGCCGCCUUUGUGCUACACAACUGUAUUCAACAAGUGAACAAAUAAUUUCUUUUCUAAUGUAUCAUUACUUCUUUUUUACCUAGUGUUUUUAUUCCUUGACAUUGCAGGCACUGUCAUGCGUAUUAAUAUUGUUCCAAUAAAUACUUUUGCAAAAACAGUA